GCUAGAAUUCUGUAGGGUGCUCGGGCACGAAGUCUUGCAAGCAGGUUUUCAAGGGAUCGAUAUGGCCGUCGUCCUGUUUGCUCGAUUCCAAAUAUCUACUUAUAUUUGGAUUUCGUCAAUCGACGGUUUGUCAACAGGCCGUUUACUUACUCGUAUCUUUGGCAAAGCAAAACGAAGCUUCCGAUCUGCUCUUUCUGUCUCCCCUUUCGUCACAGUGGACGACUGUCCUGUAAACAGUCACAACGAAUGGAACCAUCUAGACGAGGUUAUUGUCGGACGAGUAGAGGGUGCGUGUGUACCGCCAUUUACCUCAGAAGUUAGAGCAACUACGUACAAGAAGUGGUGGCCAUUUUACCAAAACCAUGGCGGACAAUCGUUUCCCUUUCAUCACUUAGCUAGAGCAGAAACAGAGGUCAAAGAAUUCUGCAAGGUGCUGGAGCACGAAGGAGUGACGGUCAGGCGACCAGAUGUGCAAGAUCAGUCUUUUGUGUACUCAACACCCGACUUCAGUAGCUCGGGCAUGUACUGUGCCAUGCCUCGUGACAUCAUUCUGACCGUCGGUAACGAACUGAUUGAGGCUCCAAUGGCCUGGAGAAGUCGAUUCUUCGAAUACCGUUGCUACCGCCGUCUCUUGAAAGAAUAUUUUCAAAGAGGUGCGAAGUGGACGACAGCUCCUAAACCGUUCAUGUCUGAUGAACUGUAUGACCAUGAUUAUCCCAGCACAUCAGUCGAAGAACGUCAUUCUCUAGCAGCUGAAGGAAAGUUUGUGACAACAGAGUUUGAGCCAUGCUUCGAUGCAGCCGACUUCAUGAGAUGUGGACGGGAUAUUUUUGCUCAGAGAAGUCAAGUAACAAACAAAUUUGGCAUUGAGUGGUUGCGACGCCAUCUUGGUGACGACUACCGCAUCCACGAGCUGUCAUUUCGUGAUCCCAAUCCCAUGCAUAUCGAUGGCACUCUUCUUGCCAUCCGUCCAGGUAUUGUGUUGUCGAAUCCCGACAGACCAUGUCAUCAGAUCGACAUGUUCGAGAAAGCAGGAUGGAAAGUCGUCCACCCUCCUCAACCAGUCCUGCCCGAUUCUCACCCUCUCUGGAUGUCAUCAAAGUGGCUCUCUAUGAAUAUUCUCAUGUUGGAUGAGAAUCGUGUUGUCGUUUCAGCCAAAGAGUAUCCAAUCCACAAGAUGUUUGAAUCUCUCGGUAUCGAGUGCAUCAAAGUCGACUUGAGGUUUGCUAAUUCACUGGGUGGAGGCUUUCAUUGCUGGACAGCGGAUGUGAAGAGAAAGAGUACACUCGAGUCCUAUUUCUAAACAAGUCUCUAAAGAAUCUGACUUUAAAACUUCUCGUGACACUAAACAUUAUAUCCCGUUGCGUAUGAUAUUUGUGUAUAAUUAUAGUGCUGCACGAUCUAGCUAUUGCUCCUACUUUUAAAGUUUAUCAAUAUAUAUCAAUAUAUAUAUAUCAAUAUAUAUCAAUAUAUAUCAAUAUAUCAAUAUAUAUUAAUAUAUAUCAAUAUAUAUAU